AUGGGGUCGGGCGUGGGCUCGCCCUCUGAGACUCUCCGCGUCCGGUGGCUGCUGUUGGUGGGCUUGCUGAGCCCGGCCCUCGGUGGGGCUCGGUCAGGCUUUCACCAGACCUCCCAUCUCUCUUCUUAUGAAAUUGUAACUCCUUGGAGAUUAACUCGAGAACGAAGAGAAGCCCCGAGGCCCUUCUCAGAGCAGGUAUCUUAUGUCAUUCAAGCUGAAGGAAAAGAGCAUAUAAUUCACUUGGAAAGGAAUAAAGACCUUUUACCCAAAGAUUUUGUAGUUUAUACCUACAACAAAGAAGGGGCUCUGAUCUCUGACUACCCUAAUGUACAGAAUCAUUGUCAUUAUCGGGGAUAUGUGGAGGGCACUUACGAUUCAUCCAUUGCACUCAGUGACUGUUUUGGACUCAGAGGCUUGCUGCAUAUACAGAAUGUGAGUUAUGGGAUUGAACCCCUGCAGAACAGCUCUCAUUUUGAGCACAUCUUUUAUCGAAUGGAUGAUGUCCACCAAGAGCCUCUGAAAUGUGGGGUUUCCAACACAGUUAUGGAAGAAGAAAUCACAAAGGAUGAAGAAGAGGAGCCUCCUAGCAUCACUCAGCUACUUAGAAGAAAAAGAGACAUCUUGCCGCAGACCCGCUAUGUAGAGUUGUUCAUCGUUGUAGAGAAGGAAAAGUAUGAUAAUAUGGGAAAAAACCAGACUGCAGUGCGAGAAGAGAUGAUAAGUUUAGCAAACUAUUUGGAUAGUAUGUACAUUAUGUUAAAUAUUCGAAUUGUGCUAGUUGGACUUGAGAUUUGGACAAAUGAAAAUCUGAUCAGUAUGGCUGGAGGUGCUGGCGACGUGUUGUCAAACUUCGUACAGUGGCGGGAAAAGUUUCUUGUAACACGUCGGAGACAUGACAGUGCACAGCUAAUUCUGAAAAGAGGGUUUGGUGGGACUGCGGGAAUGGCGUUUGUGGGGACAGUCUGUUCAAGGAGCCACGCGGGUGGGAUUAACGUGUUUGGGCAGAUCCCAGUGGAGAAAUUUGCAUCCAUUGUUGCUCAUGAGUUGGGUCAUAACCUUGGAAUGAGUCAUGAUGAUGGGAGAGAUUGUCACUGUGCUGUAAAGAGCUGCAUUAUGAAUUCAGGAGCAUCAGGUUCCAAAAACUUCAGCUCUUGCAGUGCAGAUGACUUUGAGAAGUUAACUUUAAAUAAAGGUGGAAACUGCCUUCUCAAUAUUCCAAAGCGUGAUGAAGCCUACAGUGCUCCUUCCUGUGGUAAUAGGUUGGUGGAUCCCGGGGAAGAAUGUGACUGUGGGACGCCAAAGGAAUGUGAAUCGGAUCCUUGCUGUGAAGGAAAGACCUGUAAACUUAAAUCAUUUGCUGAAUGUGCAUAUGGUGCCUGUUGUCAACACUGUCGGUUCCGUCCAGGAGGCACUUUGUGCCGAGGAAAAACCAACGAAUGUGACGUUCCGGAGUAUUGCAAUGGUUCUUCUCAGUUCUGUCAGCCAGAUGUUUUUAUUCAGAAUGGGUAUCCUUGCCAGAAUAACAAAGCAUAUUGUUACAAUGGCAUGUGCCAAUAUUAUGAUGCUCAGUGUCAAGUCAUCUUUGGCUCAAAAGCCAAGGCUGCCCCAAAGGAAUGUUUCCUUGAUGUGAAUUCCAAAGGUGACAGAUUUGGCAAUUGUGGUUUCUCUGGCAAUGAAUACAAGAAGUGUGCCAUUGGGAAUGCUUUGUGUGGAAAGCUUCAAUGUGAGAAUGUACAACAACUGCCUGUAUUCGGAGUUGUGCCUGCUAUCAUUCAGACUCCUGGAAAAGGCACCAAAUGCUGGGGUGUGGACUUCCAGCUUGGAUCCGAUGUUCCAGAUCCUGGCAUGGUGAACGAAGGCACCAGAUGUGAUGUUGGAAAGAUCUGUAGAAAUUUCGCAUGUGUAAAUGCUUCUAUUCUGAAUUAUGACUGUGACAUUCAGGAAAAGUGUCAUGGACAUGGGGUAUGUAAUAGCAAUAAAAAUUGUCACUGUGACAAUGGCUGGGCUCCCCCCAACUGUGAGACUAAAGGAUACGGAGGAAGUGUGGACAGUGGACCUACGUACAACGAAACGAAUACUGCCUUGAGGGACGGACUCCUGGUAUUCUUCUUCCUAGUUGUUCCUCUUAUUGUAUUGGCUGUUUUUGUCUUCAUUAAGAGAGACCAGCUACGGAAAAGCUACUGCAGAAGGAAGAGAUCACAGACAAAUAAAUCAGGUGGCAAAAAUCAAGCAAAAGAUUCUAGACAGCCAGCGAGUGUUCCUGGACCUGCUUCUUCAGUGACUCCUCCUAGAAACGUUCCUAUACAGACAAACAGAUUUCCAGUACCAACUUAUGGAGCCAGGCAGCCUCAGCAGUACCCAUCAAGGCCACCUCCACCACAGCCCAAAGAAUCGUUUCAGGGAAAUUUAGCUCCUGCUCGUCCUGCUCCUCCGCCUCCACCUCCUUUGUAUAGUUCCCUCACUUGA